GCUGUACAUCGUGCAACACUACUGACAUUGCACAGAUGCUGCCGAGAGAACACGGCCACAUAUGUCAACUAGCUGUCUAGAGACCACAUCUCUAUCCACUUAAGCAAUUUUUUUCGGGAGUCAUGCCAUUAUAGCCUAUUACCCUAUCACUGGGUGCAGCUAAAACACUGAACUAUUCGACAAGAAUUUUGCAGACGUCUGGCAAAGACUCUAAACUACCUAGUCAUGGUACGAAUUGCCAUUCUGGGUGCUGGCAUAGUUGGGCUGACAACAGCUGUUAAUGUGCAAAGAGAGAUUCCGUUGGCAAGUGUUACCAUUAUAGCAGACAAGUUUGGUACCGACACCACCAGUUCUGGCUCUGGGGGAUUCUUCAGACCCACGACAACCCUGGUUAGAGGUGUGCAGCCAGAAACGGUGAAGGAAUGGGCCAAAGACUCCUGGGACUAUUUCUUUGGACUAGCUAUGUCUUCGCAGUCCAAGGAAACUGGACAUAGCCUUGUAUCAGGCUAUAUAUUCUCUGAUGAAAUAACAGACGUGGAGGCUCCUCUCUUUAAGGAUAUAGUUCUCAACUUCAGAGUUCUGUCCAGCGAAGAACAGAAGAGGAUAAAUCCAAACUUCAAGUACGGAUGCUUCUUCACCACUAUUGUCACACAAAACAAGAAGUUUAUGCCAUGGCUUAUGACAUGGUUCAAAAAAAAUGGGGGUCAAAUUGACAUGUGGAAAGUUAACAAGCUUGACGAGCUGGCGGGAAGAUAUGACAUCGUCAUCAACUGCACUGGACUAGGUUCUCGGCAGCUGCUCAAGGACCAGGCCAUGUAUCCAGCCAAAGGGCAACUGGUAUUGGUAAAAGCUCCUUGGAUCAGGAUGUUUGUUUUAGGGUUAGGGCACAACUCGUACUUCAUUCCUCACGAUGAUUAUAUCAUUGUGGGCGGAACUCGAGAAAAAGGAGUUGAUGACCAGGACGUCGUACAAGAAGUUCAAGACGACAUAUUGAAGAGGGCAGCUAAACUUUUGCCCCAAAUAAAGGGUGCAAAGGUGGUUGGCAGCUGGUCUGGGGUGAGACCACACAGAGACCCAGUACGGCUGGAGAAGGAGAUACGAGUUAUCAACGGCAAGAAACUCGGGGUGGUGCACAACUACGGACAUGGUGCCAACGGAGUGUCACUGAGCUGGGGGACAGCCAUCCGGGCAGCAAAAAUGGCGAAGGAGAUCGCUGAGCAGGUCGCGCAGUCCGCCAAACUUCAAUUCACCACCUUUUGUGCAGAGGUAUUUGACCUACAAAAAACUUCUUGCCUCAACACAGUCAGUAUGGUGCGAAUUGCUGUUAUUGGUGCUGGCAUGGUCGGGCUGGCAACUGCAGUCAAUGUGCAAAAGGUUAUGCCUCAUGCAAGCAUCACCAUAAUUGCAGACAAGUUUGGCAACAACACAACAAGUGCUGGGGCUGGGGGAAUAUUCAGACCUUCAGCUGCUUUGAUUAAGGGUGUGGAGCCUGAAGUUUUAAAGACAUGGAUCAAAGACAGCUGGGACUAUUUUUUUGGACUGGCAAUGUCUCCAUUAGCUGGAGAAACAGGAAAUGGACUUGUAUCAGGAUUUUUGUUUUCUGAUGACCUUAAGGACAUUGAGGAUCCCUUAUAUAAAGAUGUACUUCUGAACUUCAGAGUGAUGACAGACGAGGAGCGUAGAAGGCUUAACUCAAAAUUCAAAUAUGGGUGUUUCUUUACAACUGUUAUCACUCAGACAAAAAAAUUAAUGCCAUGGCUAAUGACACAGUUUAAAAGCAAAGGUGGCCGCAUUGAAUUUCGCACAGUUGGAAAGAUAGAGGAGCUUGCUGGGCAGUAUGACAUAGUCAUCAACUGUACAGGACUUGGUUCGCGGCAGCUUCUAAAUGAUCAGGCAAUGUAUCCUGUCAAAGGGCAGCUGGCAAUAGUGAAGGCCCCAUGGAUCAAGACAUUUGCCUAUGGGGGACACAAGACAUACUUUAUUCCUCAUGAUGAGUAUGUGAUUGUGGGUGGUACAAGAGAAGAAGGCAACUUCAACACAGAUGUUGUGCCACAGGUCCAAGAUGACAUACUUCAAAGGGCAGCAGAAGUUCUGCCACAAGUAAAGGGAGCAAAGGUGAUCGGAAGCUGGGCAGGGCUGCGACCACACAGAGACCCUCUUCGGCUUGAGAAAGAACUCUUGAUGGUCAAUGGAAAGAAACUUGGAGUAGUUCACAACUAUGGUCAUGGAGCCAAUGGCAUAUCACUCAGCUGGGGAACAGCUAUAAAGGCAGCAAAACUGGUUGAAGAGAUCUCUGGGCAGGUUGUCAAAGAGUCAAAGCUGUAAUGCAACUGUCAGCAAGCAAGGCAUUUGUUUCCAACUUUGACUAAGUUUUGUAAGACUUUAUGAGGAAUGUUGCAUCUAUAUGACUUUCCUUUGCAAAUCAAAAUGACAUUAAAGUCCUAUUCAGAAAUAUUUGGGUUUUUUUACAUUUUAAAAAUAAAAUAUUUCCUGGCAUUAAUUAUAAAUAUUUUUCUUAUGUAUUUUUUAUUGUUUGGUAAUUGGAGCAUGUACGUGCCACUUGUCGCUGAAAUCCCAAUACAACCAGUUCAUUGCAGUUUUUCUUGCGAGUGAAAACUUGACAUGAGUCAAUAACUGCAGCUUUUUGUUAUCCACAGAGGGUGGUUCCUUUAAAGUCUUAACAGUCACGUUUAUUUAACUGCCCUUGUAGAUUAAUAAAGUUAUAUUUGGACACACAAUUAAUGUUGCUGAUGCUUUCUUAUCAGAUUAGUAAUGCUUGUGGACUGAUGAUAAAGCCUAAGCAUGUCCACAAUAAUGUGCUUUGUGUGUCUUUUAUGCCAUCUGGUAAAUUUGCUGUCUAUGAAUUUGACCUAAAGGAACCAUGUAUAAUAGUGUGCUAGGCCUAUUUGCACACCAGCCUAAAACUAAACAAGGCUCACCAUCAAUGUGGGUAGGCUUUGUAACAUGGGGGAGUUACCUCAACCAACAAACACAGUAGUGAAUAAUAGGUGACACUACAAACAAGAAGAACACAUGAUUUAGAGGUAGCAUUAGGUAGUGACUGGACAAAGAUGACAUGAGGUUACAAAUUUUCCAUAACUCCACACCCUGUUCUGCCAUUUCUGUCAUGGAAAACCAUCAUUUUAUCAUCUAUUUAAGUUAUUCCUAAGCAGUCGAAUUUGCUGGAGCAUGCAUUUGUAUACCAUGCUUGUAUUAUAAUACAUUUGUUGAUAUAUAUAUAUAAAGUACGUGGCACACAUAUAUAUGUAUGAACAGAUUGUUCUUAUGAGCAGAAUUUUUAGGUGGAAUGCAUUAUGUGUGGUUGGCUUAUCCUUUUGCCACCUGUAACUUAACUUUUCUACUCUAGUCUUUAUAGCUCUUAUUGUUUUGGUGACAUGGAAUAGAUCACAGGAAUCAUAUAUAUAUCCCAUAACUAUAUAUACCUUUGCAUUUUGCUAGCAAAUAAAAAUUUAGGUCAAAAA